GGGCGGCGCCCGCUGGUGCAGGAGGUGGCGUAGCGCUGACUGGCUGGGCCAGUCGGCUGCGGCACAGGCUGCAGAGACACUGAGCCGAAAGCUGGGUGGCCGGCGGGCUGCUAUCCCCUGGAGCAGCCUCUUCGCGCGACCCCGCACUCCCUUAACAACCGUGGGCCACGACAUUUGGUACACCAGUAAACUGCAGUGGGCGCAACCCUUUGAGCAGCAGCGCUCUCGGACAGGUUAGAUUGGGCGCAGGGGCAGGGCAGGCGAGGGAGCCGACUAAGGCCACAGAAAGAGCUCAAAUCAGGCCAUCUCCAACAAUGUCCGACGAGGCGUCUGCCACCACUUCCUAUGAGAAGUUUCUAACCCCGGAAGAACCUUUCCCGCUCCUGGGACCCCCUCGUGGGGUGGGCACCUGCCCCAGCGAGGAGCCAGGCUGCCUGGACAUCAGUGAUUUCGGCUGCCAGCUCUCCUCCUGCCAUCGUACUGAUCCGCUUCACCGCUUCCACACCAACAGGUGGAACCUAACUUCUUGUGGAACAAGUGUUGCCAGCUCAGAAUGCAGUGAGGAACUGUUUUCAUCAGUAUCUGUUGGAGAUCAAGAUGAUUGCUAUUCUCUGUUAGAUGAUCAAGAAUUCACUUCUUUUGAUUUAUUCCCUGAGGGUAGUGUCUGCAGCGAUGUCUCUUCUUCUAUCAGCACUUACUGGGAUUGGUCAGAUAGUGAGUUUGAAUGGCAGUUGCCAGGCAGUGACAUUGCUAGUGGGAGUGAUGUGCUUUCUGAUGUCAUACCAAGUAUUCCGAGUUCACCUUGCCUGCUUCCUAAAAAGAAAAACAAGCACCAGAAUUUAGAUGAGCUUCCUUGGAGUGCAAUGACAAAUGAUGAGCAGGUGGAAUAUAUUGAAUAUCUGAGUCGUAAAGUCAGUACUGAGAUGGGUCUUCGGGAGCAACUUGAUAUUAUUAAAAUCAUUGAUCCUUCUGCUCAAAUCUCCCCUACAGACAGUGAGUUUAUUAUUGAACUUAACUGUCUUACAGAUGAAAAACUGAAACAGGUCAGAAACUAUAUCAAGGAGCAUAGUCCUCGUCAACGACCUGCAAGAGAGGCCUGGAAGAGAAGCAACUUCAGUUGUGCAAGCACCAGUGGAGUGAGUGGUGCCAGUGCCAGUGCCAGCAGCAGCAGUGCCAGCAUGGUCAGUUCUGCAAGCAGCAGUGGGUCCAGUGUUGGAAACUCUGCUUCAAACUCCAGUGCCAACAUGAGUCGAGCACACAGUGACAGCAACCUGUCUACAAGUGCAGCAGAGCGGAUUCGAGAUUCAAAAAAGCGAUCCAAGCAGCGGAAAUUACAGCAGAAGGCCUUCCGCAAGAGGCAGCUGAAGGAGCAGAGGCAGGCCCGGAAAGAGAGGCUGAGUGGGCUCUUCCUCAAUGAAGAGGUGCUGUCCUUGAAAGUGACUGAGGAAGACCAUGAAGCAGAUGUUGAUGUUUUGAUGUAAUAAGGAUUAAUUUAUCACCAUUCUUUCUAAGCAUUAGUCUAUCCUUAUUGGUUUACAUGCAUCUUGACCAAAAUUUUGGUUAGGGCUUUGCUGAUGUACCAUUAAUUAUUUAGACUAGUGGUUGUCAGAGGGUGGUUCCAGAACCUGCAACUUCAAUGUCACAUGAAAAAUUGUUAGGAAUGUGUACUGUGGAGACACAUUCCAGAUUUAGUGAAUCAGAAACACCAGACGAGGAAUACAACAAUUUUAUGUUAACCAGUGCCAGGUUAUUCUGAUACAUAUUCUUGCUUAAGAACUACUGGUUUAAUUUUUUGGCUGUUGAAAUCUUAUGGUGAUUAAGUGGGCUUUUUAAAAGACUAGUACUUCUACAGUUUAGGAGAUAUUCAAGGUACUGCUGACUUGUAGUUUAUUAUGUCAGUGUGAGUGUGUGUGUGUAAGAGAGAGAGAGAGAGACAGACAGAUCGAGAUCAUAAUUCAGUUCUUAAUGUUAUAGUUCCUUAGUUUACUUUUUCUAAAGGGCCAUAGCAUAAUUCUCACUGGUAGAAAUCUUUUUUGAGACAGAAUGAGGGUUAUACAUAUGCGAGGUAUGGAUUGCUGUUUACAAUAGUGCCUUCAUUAGGUUUAGUUUUGUUUGCAUUCAUUAUUAAUUCAAAUGAAUAAGAAUAGGCUGUAAUCUUUUUUCCAGUUCGACUUGUUUUUCUUUUUGUUUCUACUUUAUGUGAAAUCAAUCCUUUCUAUAAGUGAUGACUACUGAGAAAAUAAUAUUACUAGUGUCUAAAUUUUAGGCUUAUGCUGUUUUGAUUAGUAUUCAAAUAGAGAAGUCAUGUAGGCAAAGCAGUCAAUUCUACUUUUCUAUUGCUUUCUGAAAUUUUAGGCUAUUAUCUCAAAGAUAGAAAAUUUCAAUCUCUCCCUCUCUCCCUCUCUCUUCCCUUCCUAACCUUCCUCCUUGUCUUCCUGGCUCCCUUAUUCUUUUUCCUAUUCUUAUUCCAGCACAGCUUUAAUUUUUAAAUACUUAGUAUAACAUGUUUAAGGAUGUGAAGAAGUUAGUGUUCAGAGUUAACCAACAAUACUUUUAGGAUCCUGCUGAAAUUCUCUGUAAAUUUCUCUAAGUAUACAGAGGAGUGAAAAAUAUAAAAGACACCUUACGAAUUUUUAAUGAAACUGAUUUUAAUUGUGAAAUUGUGAAACUUCUUUAAGUGUUUUUCACAGCUUGUUAAUUUAGAAAUAGUGAUUCCUUUUCUUCUACCACAUCUUUAGACAUACACAUGAGUUGAAGAUGUAAAUUGAUACUACUGACAAUCAAGCUGCUUUGUGACAUUCAUAAGUUUUGCUUUUAUUGUGGGAUAAAGUUUAGGAGGUAAUCAUGGUUCUGUAGGAAGAGUUGUAGUCAGUAUUUUUUUAAAUUCUAGAAUCCAGAAGUUACAUUGAUUUCUACUUUUUAAAAAAAAUCAUUCACUUGUUAAAAACAUUAACUAUUUAAACUCUUGUUUGAUAGAAAAUUUUAAACUUUGCUUACAAUCAGGUAUGUGUAAAUUUUGAUUUCAUUUCAGUUCCUGGAAGGUUUAAGAACUGAAACUGAGGACAGAAAUACAUUGCUGCUUAGCUUAGGUUUGUGGUAUGGUUGUAACCUUUUGAAGACUACUAAAGCCAGAAUUUAAAGUUUUAUUAAAAUAAAAGUAAAAGCUUUGUGUUUUUCAGCUGUUUUGGCUUUCCUUCUGUCCCCUCUUUGCUAUUCCUGGCCAGCUUAGAUGGCUGAAAAAGAGUUUGGGAUAGACCCCAGAAUAUUCAGAGGAAGGCGGAUAGAGUCAACCUUGUUUUGAUUUUUGAGUAUAGUAAGAGCUCAAAGGGAAAGAAGUAAAAAUACAUCUGAAUUCUCUGCCUGCUUUUAGCAAAAGCAAAGUCCCUCAAAGUGAUUGCCUCCUCUCUUUACCUAUUUUUCAAAUAAAAUAAGCCACAUUUGGAGACUGCAGCAUAGCAUUUUUAUCUCUCAAAUACUUAGAAUUUUUUUACUUGACAGUGAUCAGUAAAAGGAAAUCCUAAACAGGAUUGUAAUGUACUGUCAUUUAAAACCAAUUCCUCUAUUCUCCCAACAAUCACAGUCUUACUACCUUACAUUUAACUUAAGUUACUAUUGAACAAGUUUACCAAAGUGCCACAAAGCAUAUUUUGAAAUUGGCAAAGGUUCUGUUGCUCAUAGAAGUGUGACAUGAAAUUUUGUAUAAAUUUGGGUGCACUACAGUUUUACAGUUGUGUAAAUUAGAGCCAGCCUAUAAAAUUAAUUUGGAGGUAAUUGGAGAAAAUUCUUUUGGUUAAAAGAAUAAAAUCAAGCAAUUUGGGUUUGUUUAUGAUCUAAGAGAGAGAUUCAAAAGUCUUAAUCCCUCCAACAAAGAAAUUAGCACAAAGAGGCAUCAACAGAAACAUGUUUUGUCUUCUGCUAUGAUUUUUAUGUGCAUUAAUGCCUCAUAAGUUUGAUGGAUCAUUUUUGGAGUAAGUAGUAGUUUAUUCAAUCUGCUAUCUCUGAGUUUCUUUUAAAUCCAGCUCAGUAUUUUCCUUUUUAGAUAUAAACCAAAAAUUAACCAAUUAAUAAAAAGGCAAGUAGUAUUUGCCCUGCAUUGAUUCCCAUCUGUAGAGAACUAGCAUUGGGACAAAUAAGUCUCUUUAAAAAUAAACCUUGUUAACUGAAGUCGUGAUAAAGUCUCCUUAAUUUUAUAUAGAGACCUCUUAUUAGAGGUCUUUUAAUAGUAUGUCAGCCCCUACCAUAGCUUUUAGAAGUAUAACCUGCAGUUAAAUAAUAUGCCAUGUAUUUUUCUACAGUUUUGCAACUGAUAAAAGCAAGGCCGUUUACUAUAAUGUAUAUUGGGAUAUAUAAAGGGCCAGCAUGUUUGGUCUCAACAAGAAUUUAAAGUAAAGUAAUACUUUGUUUGAAAUGAAAUUUAUUGAAUGCCAGCCAUUUAGUCCAGUUCAUUUGUCCCUUGGAUAAAUUAGACAUUCCUAAAUGAAUCCCAGAAAGUGACAUAUAAAACAGUGACUCUAUUAUAGAUUGGAUGGACAACUAAUUUUAUUUAGUUUUUAAAAGUGCUAAAUCCCUUCAUAAAGGAUAAAUUACAAGAAAUUAUUGUAUAAAGGUAUCUAGGAUGAGCUUUAAAACUUGUAAAAUUUAUCAUAUAUCUUUGUAUUUAAGCCAAAAAGGUUAGUACAUAAACAGUAUAGAAGUUUGGUUUGUUUUAAUGUUUUUUGGUAGACUCUUUGUUCAUGGUUUACUCUCUGUAGCCUCAUGUGCCUUAAUGGUGGUGAACUGUGUACUUUUCUGUGAAUGUCAGGUUUUUCAAAAUUUAAAAAUAAUCUGAAUGUUAAAAUUUGUUUUGUGGAAUGCCUAUGGUGUUUGGAUAUCAGUAAACAAAACCAUUAAAUUAAGAAUAAUAGAGUAUCAAAACAUAAACCUUAAGAUCCUUAAUUUAAUUUGCAUUCCAUUCCUUUGAUAAUCUUUUAGCUCUUCUAUUUUCAAGAAGAUGGUUAUUUGGAAUUGAUGGGGGCUACUUAAAGUCAGUUUAUAGCUUGGGGUAUUUGAUAGUAAAAAUUUCAAUUGCAUUAAAUAGUAGUGUUGAUGAUGAGUUCACUGACAUUCAACAUGUUUAAUUAGAAGUAAAAUUAAUCCCAAAAAGGACUAUUAGGAAAUAUUUGUAUGCACGUGUACUGUGGUAACUGGAUUAGUUUUAAGUCAGAUAAUCUAAGAUAAAUUUUAUCUUAAAAAUGAAGUGGGUAUAAUAAAAGUGGAUAAGAAUCACCUGAGAGAUAUUUUGAGCUAGGCAUCUCUGUUAGCAUAGUAUCUGGAAAAUAUUCCUUACAAUCUUUGUCUUAUUUCAUUGGAACAUAAAUUUACUUCAUUGUGGAAGCAUAUUUGACCUCCUAACUGGCUAUUAAGAUUAAGGAAGUUGCAUGGUAUAGCUGAAGAUCUGAACUGACUCACUAAAAUUUUAUUUUUAAAUAUUAAAAUUACUGUAUUUUUUCAUCUCCCUCUAUCUUUUAAAGUAUGUUUAAAUUACAUUUUAAUUUAAUGUUUAUGCCAGACUCAGAAACAUUGGUUUGGUUUUCACUGUAUUUAAUAUGUAAUACUUUUUCUUUACUGUCAGAUUUCUUCUGUUACAGGUUUGUGAUCAGUAGAGCCUGUGGAAAUAUAUAUUCUUUUUUGUAGUGAGAGAAAGGGGUGAAAAAAAAGAGAACUGAUUGAUUUGAUUAUGUAAAGUUAAUAAAAUUAAUCAUUUUACAAUUUGCCUAUGUAAAAUUGACAAGUUAAUGCCUACUAUUCAAGGAACAGUGCCCUGUAGCCAUGACUAGUUUUGUAGAGCUGCUUCCUCUCUUAUAGUAGCUGACCUCUUGGAUUAAAAUUGACACUUUAGAGUUAGGUUAAUCAGGCUGAGGCUUUUAAGAAAGGAGCAAAUAAUAUCUGUUCAUGUAGUAGGUGAAUUUUAUUUCCUGUGUACUUUUAUUUAGAAAUAAGUACUAUCCAUUCUAAAUCUGUGUUGGAAAUAUAAUAGAACUGCUAUCAAAGAGAUAAUAACAGUAAAUGCAAGUAUAUGUAAAACAUUUCAAAACUGGUUAAAAAUUUCAAAUCAUUGGAGGGUUUUUUGUCUGUUUUUUAGUUUCAAAGAUUAGUUAUGUAGCAUCAAUAUCAUAACCAAAGCAAGUAGGAAGUUAAGUGGUUUGGAGAGUCAAGUAGUUUUAAAUACUGUAAUAGAUCAUUAACCAGGAUUUUUCCUGUAUUUCUGCUAAAUGUAUUACUAUAUUAAUGCACUUUUGAAUAUAUAACUGUCUUCUGUAUAUUCUGUACUUACUACAGUGUAUAUAAAGCCUGUUUUUCCUGAAUUUGUGAGGGAAUAACAAUCGUAACACAGCUUCUUUGUAUUUUGAGUUCCUUCUUGUACUUGAAAGUAGAUAAAUUUAAAUAUGUAUGUAUGGUUGUAAUUAAAACUGGCUGCGUGGCAGAGCUAAUUGAAUAUCAGGACGAGAAGUGUGAUUUUAGUUAUUAAGAACUCAUACCAUUUUUAUUGUUCUUUUGUUGUACCUCAAGUUUCUACAAACCUCACUGCUGCUUACUUCUUUAUACUUCUUAAUGAGCUCCUUUCAUGCUUCAUCCUAGACUGUUUACCAGCAGAGAAAAGUUAACCUCUUUUCUUUUGCUCAGUUUGGUUAGGAUUUCAUAAACUUUUGAAUUUUGUUUUAUUGUGUUUAUUUGAGAGCCUCAAUUCCCAUGUCAUUGGCAGAAUGUUUUUUUCUGAGAGAUCAGAUUUCAAGAGAUUUAUAUUCAUAAUAAAUGAAAGCUAGGCAUUAUUUUUGUUGAUAAAAAGAAUUGAUUUCCUUAAGAUUUCUUAAAGAUUACUCUAGAAUCUUUUUCAAUUAAGAUUUUGUGAAAGAAAUAUCUGGCAGUUUAGUGUAUAUAGGAACAAUUCAGCUGUUCAGCAGCAGCUUUGUCUCGCCACUAGAGGGAGGUCUGUGAUUGUUCUCCCCUUUGAAAAAGGUUAUAGCUGCUUUUUUUUUUUUUUUUUUUAGAAGUUAACAGAUCUUUUUUCUCAAAAUUCCUUUUGUGGUAUUAAAUAUUUUCAUUUAAUAGUCAAAGGUUAAUUAAGCUUGUUUAAUGAAGCCAGUCUUAUGCUUUUCUGUAUCCUUCAAUUUUUAAUAAAUGUGAAUUAGAUAUCAAGUGAAA